CGAAACCCACCGGCACCAUCACGGAUUCUACGUAGGAUACCCACCCCAAAAACCGUUUCAAGUUGGAAGGAAAAAUCUUCUCGGCGGUGAACAACUUUCUCACUGCAUCGACCUUCGUCAAAGACAUCAGACAGCUGAUCAUGACCCGACAAACAAACAGCGACCCUUCGACGGCACCAGAAGCAGGCUCGAACGCAACAGGACCGGGCAGCGACCAGCAGCAGCAGCAGCAGCACCGUCCGGAAUCUGCCAGCGUUCACAGUGGCCGGUCCAGUUCUCGGUCCCCGAUCGAUCCGUACCGGCAGGACAGCGUUAAUCAGCCACCCAGCGACAGUUCCAGCCUGGACGGGAACGUGUUCGUCGACGGUGCGAACGUGCCACUGCACGCGCGACAGAACCGCUCGCAAACGACGGAUUCACUCACUUCCGGCACCAACAUAAGCUACAGCCUAAACAAACGCUUCAUCUCGAAGAACCAAAUGAAGGAGUUCCGGGAGGCGUUCCGGCUGUUCGACAAGGACAACGACGGGUCGAUCACGAAGGAAGAGCUCGGCACGGUGAUGCGUUCGCUUGGGCAGUUCGCGCGCGUCGAGGAACUGCAGGAGAUGCUGCUCGAGAUCGACGUCGAUGGUGACGGUAACGUGAGCUUCGAGGAGUUCGUCGACAUCAUGUCGAACAUGACGGACACGGUGGCGGAAACGUCCGCCGAUCAGGAGGAGCGCGAGCUGCGUGAUGCGUUCCGCGUGUUCGACAAGCACAACCGGGGCUACAUUACCGCGUCGGAUCUGCGCGCCGUGUUGCAGUGUUUGGGCGAGGAUCUGGACGAGGAGGAAAUCGAGGACAUGAUCAAGGAGGUGGACGUGGAUGGUGAUGGGCGGAUCGACUUUUACGAAUUCGUUCACGCGCUCGGUGAACCGGAAGACUCGCAGGAAAACGACGAGGACGAUGAAAUUGUGUCGCAGCGCUCGCCGUCUUUCGACGUGCAGGUUUAGGCUGUUGAGUGAACCAGCGUCGGGUUUGCUGCCGGUGCGAACACCGGCUCAAAAUGCGAAUUGAACGAGCAUCCAACACGUUCCGGACAGUGGAGCUGCUCCAGCGGUUGGCGGGAGAAAAAGGAAUUCAAAUAAUCGUAUUUUUGCUUGAUCAUUACUACUUGAUAGGUGUAAUACAGCGGUAAACCUGUGCUGCAUGCGAACGUGCGAUGGAUGAAUCACCGACCGACCGACUCCGGGGGUCGAUUUCAAUGUUCUGCCGGUGCACGACGACUAGCAUGCACUUCAUCCAUAACUACUUACAUAAAGGCCAAAUUUUUAAAAACUCUUUUUCAUUGUAUUUGCUGUUUGCGCAACCAAAUGAAUAUAUAUACAUACACUAAAACAAAAGUAAAACCUUUGAGAUAAAAAGCAAUUGCUAAGCACUAACUCAUAAAACGAUAUAGGUAUAAGAACGGGCGUGUCGGGGGGCCACGUGAAGCUGUCCCAAAACCGCUCUCCUUCACUUUCCAGUGUAUCGCUUAUGCUAUACGUUCGCAAACUAUACGUGUACACGCAGCACUACGGCAGACAUAUCAACCGUGCGGAUGAUGAUUAGUUCAUCUUUCCAGGAUCGUAGCGCCAAACGACAGGAAUCGUCACGAAACAUAGCAAGGGCUGCGUGCCCUCUUGCGUUUAUUGCUUUUUUUCCCCCUACGCAUCCUACACGACGAUCGUUUACGUGUGAAGCAUGGGUAUUACAUUUUUUUUAGAUGAACGUCUGUUCGUUUGUGUUCAAAAUUAAUUAACAACAUGGCCCAAUUGCAUGGUGCAUAAAAGAUUUUACGGCGAGAAAGAUUAAAAAAACUAUUAGCUAUUCGAUACGGGACCUUACUACAAAGCAAAUACAGUCUUAAGUAGUACUGCUCAUUCGCGUUCUUUAUGCGGUUCGUUUUUUUAAUAACUACGUUCUGAUACAGGUGAUGCAAAGGAUUUGUGCUCUCGCUUAGCUGUAAUAAUGAGAUUUUUUCUUCUGUCUUACAUUGUACGCUAGUGACAGAAUAAAAUUCACAAUCAAAAAAUAUAAAAGAAACAAAAAUAUACCAAACUUGAUUACAAAAUGCUAUUUAAACGCGCAAUCGUACAUUCAUGUACCAAACUUUUGAAAAAUAAAAAUCAAAACACGUUCGUUACCACAUUUGCCACAUGUACAAUCUUGAAAGUAACGCUGAACAUCAAUAAAGGCUAAGAAAUUUUA